AUGAUCUCAACCCCCAAAGACCAAGACCACGAAAAACACCCCUUCAUCCCCAUUCCCACCCCCAAAGAUCCAACCCAAUGCGACUGCCACCACCACCACCAUGCAGAAAAAAACCAAACAAAAUCCAUCAUCACAAGCAUCCUCCUCUGCACACUGACAGCUAUCUUCACCACAUUGAUUACGACUCAGAGAGUAGGACAUGAUACUUGUACUGAUCCAUCACUUCAUCUAUACUCCCCUGUAAAUAACCUAGUCGAAUACAUCCCCCACCGCUUCAACCGCAGUCGCGAAAACGAUAAAUCGGCCUUCCAGGGCUGGCCGAGUGAUGAGAUUGAUGCCUUGUGGGCGGGGGCUUAUUUGCCGGGCAUAAUAUCCACCAUCGACGCAUCCUCCGCAUCUAAACUUCCCGACCAAACGGAACGUCUCCCCCUCCCCGGUCGCGAAAACGAAUACGUCAUCACGCUGGACGUCUUCCAUCAGAUGCAUUGUCUGGAUGUGGUGCGGAUGGCGUUAUAUCGGGAUCGAUAUGAUAAGCAUUUUUAUUUCCCGAAUGGGACGGUGGAUUAUUGUCGGUGGUUGCAUGUUGACCACUGUCUCGAUCAAGUCCGUCAAGCGUUAAUGUGUAAUGCUGAUGUGAGCGUGGUGCAUUAUGCGUGGAGUGACAUUGUACAGGGGAAUCGGCCCAGGGUGGAUAAUCAGCAUACGUGUCGGAAUUAUACCAAGAUCCUGGAGUGGGCGGCGAGUCGGAGUAUCGAGGCUAAGGAUUGGCAUCCGAGUAGACAUGUGGUGGAGGAUGAGAAUGGGGGGGUGAGGAUUGAGAAGGGGAGGAAUUAUGCGCUUAAUGGGGAGGGGGAAUGUAAUGCUGUGUAA